GGAGUCUUCCCAACUGUCCCACUUUACCUAUACCCCCACUUGCCCCUGCUGCUUGCUUAAGGCCCACUUUUGCCCCCUUCCUCCCUCAUACCGGUACUGAGGAUUCCCAAGUCAUCUUUUUCCUCCUUGGCCCGAUCCUCUUGUCGCGGCGGGGCUCCCGUUCUUUUUACGAGGGCCCCAGAAGAUACGCUGCCCACUGCCCUCCCCCGGUUUCAUUGACCCAACCCCCACUCAUCCUCACGCUCCCUACUCAUGAAUUACGCUAGCGAUCAAAUGUGUGCCUCGGCCCUAUUCUCCUGGGUCUCAGUGGGUUUGUCCUGGAUCCACUGGCUCGGUGACCCGCUGGGGACGCGGUUUCCACUCGCUGUCCCUUUUUAUCGCAUGUUCAGAGGGCGGGGCGUAUGCCUGACCAAACUGGAACCUCGCCAGGUAUACGCCUUAGCGCUUAUAUCUGGUGGUAUUUCUCUUGCGUUAUCUAUGCAUAUUCCGGUCUCCAUUAGCGCCGUACCGACUUUGGUGCUUCCGGGUGUCUCCCUUGGGCUAGGAAUAGUCCUUAUUAUGGAAAAAGUGAGCCUCCCAUCGCUUCUCGGAGCUUGAUCUGGCGCUUUGCUAAUUUUUGUGUAGAUUUGUGGGAACCGCAAACGUAUUGCUGGGGAGAAUCGCGAUGCACUGCGCCCAUCGGAGCUAGUCGACGGGUUCAAGUUUCCCCGGGCUUCCUGGGAUUUAGACAUAAAGACAAAAUUCUCCGUACACUAUUUGAAUGUCAAAGUUGAUACGAUUCGUAAGUCGCAUAUCUGAUCGCUCUUUACCUGCAUGUUUCUAAUCCGUUGAUCGCUAGCAAUCCGUCCCUCCCUCAUCCUCAGUCGUUUAGGUCACCUUAACACUCCAACUCCGCGAGUCCCUCAUUAUACCCUCGUCGACGUUGCUUCAAUGCUUAUAAUCUCACCGGCUGUCGCCAUCUCGGCAAAUACAGCAAGUCUGAUUAUUAGCGCUGAAGCUAUGUCCGGUAUUCCGGGAUGGUUUGGAUCGAGCUUGUUCUCGACCCUGAGGAAUUUGGAGCGUCCUCUGAGAACAUUGCGUCCGGGUACGGGUAGCGCAAUGGCUGGUCUUGGUGUCUAUGAGGAUCUAUUUGUCGCUGGGAUAUGUUAUCCGCGGCUUUCUAAUCCCCCUAUAGACAAGCUACAUUACCCGUGAGUAUAUUUCUCAAGACAUCUAACAAGAAAUAUUCUGAUCAAGAUUUAGGCUAUAUGUUAUUUCCCUGGUCGUAAAAAAUAUUGACACAUACUCAAAAAUUGUUUCCCCUUCCAACAUAGCUAGCUGCCUAGGUAUCCUUACCCAAAUCCAAGUGAUGGAUCGAAGGGCUAAUAGUGUUAUAGAAUUGGCUCCACUUCCAGACACACAAAACACCUCUUCGUCCUAUAUCGAACACCGCCCAGCCGCAAGGAAAUCCUGGGGCAAACAGAGCAACACUUCACAUUGCCCAACUUCACCACACAUCGUGGUACCAAAGAUUGAAGACAGUCUUCCUACCUACAAGAUACCUUAUACCCCUCCCGACAUCGCAAAAGGAUCUCCGACACUCCGAAACCCUCCCGCACAGCCAUGGGUUCCAUUCAGAGCCCCCCAGCUGUCAGCAAUAUCAACGAUAUCUUCGACAUCUUUAUCAACAAUGAUUGUCUCCUUAGCGAUGUGCCUAACACAUUAAACUCUCAGAACACUACUUUUCGAGGCAACCUUCUACAGCAGCAACAACUUCUUGUAGGACAAGAAUUGUCCCCCCCUUCAUCACCUCAAAAGAACGACGCUCCGCCUCAUCAAGAUCUCAUCCUCGAAUUCUCAGAAUCUCACUUCCGCGACACAAAGGCGACGGACCUCCCGCUAUGGGCCGACCCGUCCGACCUGUUCAACUUUGACCUGGCCACUCCUCACGCAACACCCGCAAACAACCUACUAGCCACUACUAACGAACCAAUUCCUCAAGCCCCAAGUACGUCCAUGCAACCCACACCCGCGAACUCCACGACGGGCAAUCUCCCCCGAAGUCCAACGCACCACAUUCUCCCACCAACGCCCCUCUCUCUCUCUUCAACAGCCACCUCACCCGCCCCCGCCGCACCGUUACCACCACCACCACCAACAUCCCACUCUACACUUACACCAACGCCCGCUUCCACCGCCCCUCCCUCUACUACAACACCUGGCCCCAAGCCCCGUCCUAAACCCCGUGCAAUGAAAUCCUUCCCCUGCACCUUCACUCACUGCCACCUCGAUGCAGCAACGAAGAACCCUGAAACGGCCCACCACCACCACCAUAAGGAUCCCAAACAUCGGUUCUGCUGCCGCUACGAAGGCUGCACUUCGUGCACUAGCUACACUACGAGAAAAGACCGUAACCGCCACGAGGCGUCAAAACACAGUGAGCAGCACCUAGUCUGCGAUGUUUGCUGGCAUACGACGGCUAGGGAGGAUAACAUGAGGGUCCACGUACGCGCUGCGCAUCCUGAGGGGUGGGAAAUGGUCAUGAAAAGGAUUAUAGGGGUCAGGAUGAAGAUCGUUAUGGGUCUUCUGUAGAUUGGGAGGUUGCAGAUGUAAGGGUAGACGUGUUUAAAUUUUUCUCUUGUCUUGUGAAAAAGCGUUAGUUGGGUAGAAAAAAGGGCGUUUUUUCUCUUUUCUCUUUUGUGGCCUUCAGUUGGGUAGAACUUGGGCAUAUACCCCUUUCACCUAUCUCUCUGCUCUGCCGGCCGUCCGGCUGCUCAUCGCGCGUCUCUUAUGUUAGCCCACGGUUUCCUUGAUUUCCGGCGUAUUUCCUUCAUUUCCUUUCUUUUGCCCUGCCUUCCGCAGGCCCUUGGCCAAAUCGCGGUGUCCUUGGGUUGUGAACUACUUUUCUUUUCUCCUCCUAUUUUCAUGUCUGGCUCGACUCGCUCGCGGGUAUGGUGCAUCGCGCUACCAUCAGAAUCCCGAGUUGCGCUACUACAAAAUAUAAUGACGUUAGUCUUAUUUAUACAUGUAAAAAAAUGACAGAGAAUCCUAUUGGGAUCUCGCAAACA